AUGUCGUUGCCGAAGGCUCGGCCGGAGCCACCACAAACUGCCGCUUCUCCCGCUUCGCCCACUGCGCCCGCGGCGAGCGCGGCCGGGGGCGAAGGAGAAUUACAGCCGCCGCAGCAUUGGACCGCGCAGCCACUGCCAGAGGACGACGACGCCGACUCGACACUGGGCGACGAUGCUGCCAGCUCGACGGCAUCCAUUUCGUCCAGCAUCCUGCAGUACCGGACAAUCAACGGGCGGACCUACCACAGCGAUAAAGGAAACAGCCAGUACUGGGCCCCAAACGACGACGCGCAGAACGAGACAUUGGACAUCCAACACCAUGUCUUUACGCUUGCCCGGGAAGGCAAGCUCUACUCCGCCCCCCUACCGGAUAAAAUAGAGAAAGUGGUCGAUAUUGGAACCGGAACGGGAAUCUGGGCCAUUGACUUUGGCAACGCUCACCCUAACGCCCAAGUCACCGGCACUGACCUGUCGCCUGUCCAGCCAAGCUGGGUCCCACCCAAUGUACACUUCCAGAUCGACGACUUCUCUCAAGAGUGGACAUUUGCAGAGGGAUCGGUGGAUUUUACAGCGCUGCUUAAGCAGGCGUACAAGACCCUCAAACCAGGCGGCUGGGUCGAGACGUUUGACUUCAACGGCUACUUUGAGUCCGACAAUGGCACCCUUACUAACAGCAUGGCACUCGCCCAAUGGGGCAUCAUCUUCCGCAAGGGUGCCGAGAAGCUGGGCUCCACUGCCUCCUUUACCGUCGUCCGCGACAAGCUGCAGAGAAAGGCUCUUGAGGCGUCAGGCUUUGUCAACAUCCAGGAGGAGGCUCUCAAGAUUCCAUCCUCCGGCUGGCCCAAGGACCCCAAGCUGCAGGAGGUAGGCCGGUACUCAAGAGCCGCCAUUACGAACGACGUUGAUGGUUCGGUUGGCCUGUUGGCUGGCCAACUGGGAUACUCUGUGGAUGAUGUCAAGGUAUACGCCGCCCACCUGCGUAGGGAGCUGCGUAGCAAUAAGGUACACGGGUACUACCGCGGAAGCGUAGUCUGGGCCCAGAAACCGUCUGCGCCCUAA